UCUCUCUCUCUCUCUCUCUUCAAGCGUUUCGACUGCUGCGAAGUGGAAGAUAGGAAACUUUUCGAAUGAAAAUCUCAUAUUGUAACGGCAAAACCCAGCAUGUCAAAUAUACCCACCUCUCUUUCUGAAAACUGUCUCACUCUCUUUCGCUUGGCCAUGUACGUCGCUGACCCUUGGCCUUUUUCUUAGAACAAAGCUCUUCAAAACUCUCUCUCUCUAAAAGCAAUUCUUCUGCAUAUUCUUCUUAAUUAACCUCAGCCAUGAAAAAGAUCCGAGGGUUCUUGCUAAAACAUCGGGUCACCACACUUUUCCCGUGCGUCUUCCGGCGAAACCGAUCACCGUCGGUGUACCGCCGGUUGGACUCACUUCAUAUACGCAAGAUCCGACCCAUUUCCAAACUCUUCAACUGGGCUCACCGGUUAAGAACCAAAGCCAAAGCCAUAUGCUCCAAGAGUUCCUCUCCGGGUUUGGGCCGUGGUUACGUGCAGAUCGGGCAAGACACCGUUGAAGACAAACACGUUCCCGUUCCCAAGGGUCACAUGGCGGUGUAUGUGGGACAGAAAGACGGUGACUUUGAGAGGAUUAUGGUCCCUGUGAUAUACUUCAAUCAUCCAUUGUUUGGGGAUUUGCUGAGGGAGGCUGAGGAGGAAUAUGGGUUCGAUCAUCCGGGUGGGAUUACCAUACCAUGUCGGAUCUCAGAGUUUGAGAGCGUCAAGACCAGGAUUAAGGCGGGUCAAAAUUCCCGAAAAAUACUGACGUGGAAUUAAUACCAUUUGCAUUUAGAUGGUUUUAUUGAUGAUGACGACGAAAAUGCACCAUUAGUUGUGCUGAUAGUGAUAUCUAGGUUUUUAAUUAGCCAAUUUUUAUAUAUUUUCUUUCUUUUUUUUUUGGGUGAUACCCUUCUAUUGAGAUUCACUAGAUUUUUUGAUUGCCUUAAUAAAUCAUAGUUGUAAAUAUUUAGAGA